UCUUCCGCAUAUUCACGGAUUAAGUGUCGUUAAGAGCCGGUUCCGUCCCUGACUAAACUAGUGACUUGGAAAAUUUUGAGCUUCCUGUUGAUGACCAAUGUCUGAAAAUCCAUUCCAACCAUUUUUGCAAACGUGGGAAAAGAUCUCACUCUCUCUACGAACUCAACUCUCCCAACUAGUUCGGUGUCGAUCCAACUCAUCAAAUCAAACUACUGUUACUCCUAUAAUCUCCAUAUCAAACACUCAGUCUACUCUUCCCGACUCCUCACAGUCUCAUUCAAAGAUAAAUAAUGCGCAACCUGCAUCCAAAGAAGAGCUUGGAAGGGCUACAUGGACGUUUCUUCACACUCUUGGUGCACAGUUUCCAGAUAAGCCAAGCAGGCAACAGAAGAAGGAUGUGAAAGAACUGAUGGCGAUAUUAUCUCGAAUAUAUCCUUGCAAGGAAUGUGCAGAUCAUUUUAAAGAUGUCCUAAGAGCAAAUCCUGUGGAGGCAGGAUCUCAAGCAGAGUUUUCGCAGUGGUUGUGUCGUGCACACAAUGUUGUAAAUAGAAGCCUUGGGAAGUUGGCAUUUCCCUGUGAGCGAGUUGAUGCACGGUGGGGGAAGCUAGACUGCGAGCAGCCACGUGCAUGUGAUCUCCAAGGAAGUACAUCACCUUGGCAGUGAAGCACUCUUAUAACUAUAUAUUUACUUACUGGUUCCCAUAAAAUGUAGAGCGGAACACUUUCUUAUAUUUAGUAUGUAAUCCUCAAAAUUGUAAACUAUUUAAAUACAUUUUUAUUAGUGAUAUACAGAAGUUCUUGUGAAAAUUGAUUA